AUGUUCAACGCGUCACAGGUGGAUGAGCUCUUUGCCAGCACCACUCGCACACUGCAGCGCUCUCAGGUGCUGCUCGAUGAGCGCCGCAGCACCAUCCAAAAUCAGCGCGGCCUACCACCCAUGUUUUGCGUAGCCUCAUCCUCGGCUGCCUCGAUGUCCAUCGGCUCAAGCGUAGCUGUACCCUACGGGAGCGCGAGUAGCAGCUUUGUCAGUACUGUACGCUCCCUGAAGUCGCUCAGUGAGUUCAGAUCGUACGUCGAGGCCGCUACUGACAUGAUGAAAAAAGUACGCGAGGAAGCCACGGCACCGUCGCCGGCGAUGCAGCAGCGGCGCGCAAAAGGCCAGGAUUUUGCGCUACUGCAGAGCAUGACGCGCGGACUGCGGGGAGCAGCGACGGCAGCGUGGCAAACGUCAGAGUCGACAGCCGCGCUGUGGACAUCCGCUACGGAGGCUCGUGGUGGUACUGAGGAAGCGGCGGCCGCCGAAGAUGCGACGGCGGCGGCCAGCAGCGCGAUGUGCGCCGCACCAGGUGCGCACACUGGCAGUACGCGAAUCAGCGGUGCGCAACUCACGUCGACGCUGAUCUUUAGCGCCUUCUGCGUGGACAUUGCAAUCUCGGUGCCUCGCGCAGCCUCCUGCAUCGUAGCGGAGCUGGAGUGCGUAUUUCAGUCCUCCAGCGAAAAUGGCGCGCCGCCAUCGGUGGUGUCGGAGUGGAUGAGGGACGGCAACGUCAAGCUCAGCACGCUGCUGCGUGACGUUGCUGCCCUGCUACCACUACCCGUCACGAUGCGCCUCUUCGCGCGCAUCGCGGACCUGCUUUUUCGGCCUCCUCCCGCCUUCCUCCGCGAGCCCAACGGAUCUUCCGGUCAUCUCCUCGGGUGUGAGCUCUUGAGCGGCGGUCAGCUUCUUCUGCCUGCUUUGAACUACUAUCUACUUGACCAGUAUCCCUCCACACUCGCGUCGCGGUGGUUUUUGCAGCCACUGCAAACCACCGCCGAACACCUCCGCGCCGAUUACUACACGAGCGCUGACCAGUUUCACGUGCAGUGUCGAUGGCUUCUUCGGCUUGUAUUGACGCUCUUGUACGCCUGCCAGUCGAUCGCCCUGCCCACCUCGACCUCAUCACGUCCACCGCUGGAGCGUCGAUUGCGCACCGCGCAACGUCUCUGCGAUACGUGGCUGAUUCCGCUGGAGAGAACAUUUGGCAGCAGCACGGCGCGGCACGGCAUCUCAGCUUCCUUCAACGCUGCCCUCGUGCAGCCCCAUGGCCACUUGGUGGAGCGGCUACUGCUUACUACGUCGCCCGCCUCAUCUUCGAGCAGCCUUAGAAAGGCGGUGCAACAGUCGCGUGAGUGGUCAGGCAUCCUGUACUCCGCACAGUACCGCCUUCUCCUCAUCCUUGAGAAGCUGGCGCACUCGGAGGUGGCGCAGGCAAACGGCACCAGUAGCACCUCUGCGAAGCAGCGCACUUACGAAUCGAUGCUGCGCCAGAAUGGCGGAAAAGUGAGCGUCUCACUUCUGCAGACACUUGCAGAAGACAAGCAGCUCGUGCUGGACGAGACGCCGUCGCGCUCGCCGGAUGGGCACCGCCUGUACAAGCUGCACGACGGUCUGCUCAGCGACAGCAACGGCAAAGCAGUGUUUGUGUACGUGGACGAUGGUGCGCUUUUCACGAAGGUCAGCAGAGCUCGCGCCUUUCAGCGGGUAAAGAGCGUCGAGGAGAUUUUCAAGCCGCUUCAGUAA